UGUGACUCCGAUCAGUGUUUCGAGCAAAAUGGUAUUGUCUCGUUUACUCCCCGCUGAACUGAAGUAACGAAAACAGUGACGUCAGCGCAUUCAAGAAUAUUGAUUGCACUUCCCGACCUGGUUCGAAGGGUUCGAACAGUAGUUUUUGUCAACAUCGAACACCGUUUUCACUCGGUCGCGGCCUCAAAAAGUUCGCGGUCUUCUGACUGUUGUUUUGUUUUGGCUCCUGUGUUUCGUCAGCGCUCGCAUGCUCGUUGGGAAAAGGGAAAGAGGGGGAAAAUACGCGCCAGUGUUGCAGUCAUCGGACAAAAAUAACGGACAACAGUGGGAAGGUAAAGAGCGCCAAAGCAGUCCGCCUAAAAAGUUUUUCCCGCAUAAAAUUCUGCUUUCGCACGGGACACGGGUCAUCGCCAACAGUCAUCAGCUCCAGAUAAGAGUACGAACGGUGCUAAAAAUUGAUUAUGUGCAGGAAUUUAACGAGGAUUGUCCUAAAAUGAAUACGGUUCUGAACUACUUCGGGCGGCAGUACGGAAAUGGAUUUACAGCUUCUUACGAUUCGGCGAUGUUGCGACUGGCCGUCCACGAGCAAGACAGCUGGAAGGGAAUCACACCAUCUUUGUUGACGUCCGACUUUAAUCCCUCGCCGCCUAUUUUGGCAGCGAAGUUCGCCAAAUGCGAGGGCCAAGAGCACAUUUUGGCCAUUGCCAACGAGGACGGAAAGAUUGCUCUCCAGGAUACCAAUCUGAAGAAUGAAGAACAAGGUGGUGAGCGGGCCCUGGAGGGAAAACAGUGCCACAUGAAUGCCGUGUUCGAUAUCGAGUGGAUGCCGGGCCAUAUGAGCCUGGUGUCGGCUUCCGGGGACCACACGGCGCGGUUGUUCACGGUGACGGAAUCCAGUUUGGAAUGUAUGCGGAUAUUCAACGGCCAUUCGCGAUCGGUGAAGACGGCGGCGUUUAGACGGACAGAUCCGGCAGUCUUCGCGACUGGAGGACGCGAUGGAGUGAUAGUGCUGUGGGAUUCGAGGGCUUUCUUCGGGUCGAACAUGGCACCAAGGGCGGACAACUGUAUCAUUAGUGGUCAUGCCGGAGGGCCGGGAACACCCUCCGGGUAUCGAAAGAGAACGAGAGCGACGCCAAAGAUUCCACCGAAUGUUUGCAGUAGUAGCAUCACCGGGCUUGCGUUUCAGGACGACAACACGUUGAUUUCCUGUGGUGCCGGAGACGGGAUCGUAAAAGUGUGGGAUGUUCGGCGGCAUUAUUCUAGCCAUAAUCGAGAUCCGUUACCGAAGUAUAGUUUCCCUUACGCUGGCACAACGACUUUAAAGGGAUUCACGAAUUUGUUAAUCGACCAUUCUCGGAUGCGGUUGUAUGUGAACUGCAUGGACAAUCACAUUUACAGUUACAAUAUUUCAACCUAUGCGACUGAACCGAUUCAAAAGUACAGUGGUUUAAAGAACGAUACGUUCUACAUCAAAGCAUAUCUUAGUCCUGAUGGGCAGUACCUGAUUAGUGGGUCGAGUGACGAGAAGAGCUACAUUUGGAAUGUGGACAACCCUAAACCGUUAGCGCGACUGAUCGGCCACACGGUGGAAGUGACCAGCGUAGCAUGGAUGCAAACUCAAACCGAAACCCGAAUUGUGACCUGCAGCGACGACGCUAGGCACAAAAUCUGGAGAGUCGGGCCGGAGGAGAUCGACGAGGACACCAAGGUGCAAUACAGGGGGCAUGCAGAAUAUUGUGAUAGUUACCGCCAGCAAUCGGCCAAAGUGCGUCUAAAAUCGCUGGAAUUUACUCCACGAUCCAUUCGAAGGCUGGUUGAACAGAAUGAGAAGACUCCUAAUACCGUUGAGAAGAAGCCUACCACAAAAAGGACGUUCACUGAAAUGAACGGACACGGCAUGGAAGAUCCUUCCACAUCCUACAUAGAAAUCAAACGACCCAAUAUCGAAACCCGUGGACGACGUCUAUUCAGUCCUGCCAAUCCUAACUCGAAAUCUUCCGGAUUCGCGGCCCUGGAAAUCGCUUCGUCGUCCGCUUCCUCUCGUAGCUUGACUACGGUACUCGAGGAAAGUGAAGAACAAUCUCCCUCGCAGUGCAAAUCCCCUCUCACAAUGUCGGAUCUAAAUCUCAAAUCUCCAGAGCCGGGGGAACCCUCGAGCUCGAGCAAACUGCCCAACGGCCUCUUGUCACCCACCAUCAACCUGCCGAAUUUCGUCCUUGACGGGGACGCCCCACACCUUGUCAACGUCAACAAGCGCAAGCUCAAAGAGAACGUCGACUGGCUGACAAAAAUCCGCAAACAAAAGCUUCUCCAAGCUGCGAAAACCUUCGAUUCUACCUCAUCGUCCGGGUUGAUCGGAGCCACGACAACCAGCUCGGAAGAAGUGUCCCUCCUGCUUUCGCCACGGUUGCAAAUGCUGAAAACAUCCGACGAUCAGUAUCACCCAUCUUCCACGGUUCCCAGCACUCCUCGGCGGAGGAGAUCCCGAUGUGGCUCGGUGGACGGGCAGCCACGGACGCCCAGCAGUCGAGUGCCGAGCAGGCCCAGCACUCCGGACAAUUCAAUUCUUCGAUUUUUUACCGUCAAGACACCUACCAGCACCGCCGGAGGCAGCGGGACCGAUGCGUGAAUUUCUAUUGCUGUGCCUUCGUAGUUUGUAGGAAAUCAUCCUCGUAUGAAUUGACCACUGAUUUCGGAAAUCACUUUUCUUUUUCUCUUUUCUUUUUUAAUUACUCAAUCACGCAAAAAUUGACGAAUGAAAAAUGUUACUUUUAAUUGCUUUUUGUGUUAAAAGUUUUCUAUUUUCUUAUGUUUUGGGUUCUUGAACCGUUUUACUGCCCAACUUACUUUUGAAUAAUGUGUUCUGCAAAUCGAAAUGCGAUAUAAUGACUGAAGCGUAUUAGCGAAUAGGUACGUGAAUUUGUAAAACAGAUUUCAAACGCCGUUCUUAUGCCAUUGUUUAGCAUACUUCUUACUAGUGUUAAUGAUUAAAAAGUGCUUGUAUAUAUUAUGUUAGAUAUAAUUUUACCAAAAACUGAGAGAGAAAUAUAAUUGAUGCUUGAAUUUGUAA